UCGCCAUAUUACUCAGUCUGUGACGCUUCUAACAAAUAUGAGAUACCAGAGAACUGGUUAAUAACAGACUUUAUUAACAUCAAGGAUGCUACACGACUCGAUAUUGAAGUGACCUAUACCCUCCUUAACUGCCCCUUAGCUGACGUGGGGCCAUUCUGUAGAACAAACUUCUCUCUGUAUUCUUAUCAUACUGAUUUCAAAUAUAAUCCAGACCCAAAAAAACUAAAUUUCCUCAAAGAAACUGUGAUAACUCCAAAAAUUCUUCCUAUACCUGGGGAGCGCACAACAGACACAUUUGAUGGGUCAAUAAUAACAAAAGCGAAGGGAAUUUAUUUAGCAUUAUUAGACCAAGGAACCUGCUUGACAAUAAGAAGGUUUGUUUUAAGAUAUCGUUUCUGCUCUGAAACGGUCCCUUCCAAGUUGGUUAGAUUUCCAAGAACACUUGCCCCAACAAAUGAGAUCAAUCUAACCAAACAAGAAGGAGAAUGUACAGAUCCUAACGCGAUUAAGAAAAACAACAAAACGUUAUUUGCCGUGUGCCUUAGUAAUGGGGAGUGGAACAUAACAGAUAACUCAGCCUGCCUUUGCAGUAAUGGUUAUGAGUUGACGCAUGGAUCUUCAGACUCUUUCACAUGCAAAGGUUAGUGGUGCACUUGAAACCUGGCUUUGCCUCUGAAGCUUUAAGUCCAAAGUAAAUAUUUAAUCAUUUAAAUGGUUCAAUAUCUAAAUUACAACCCCGUUUGUUCAUAUUUGAUAGGAAGCUUAUUAAAGGUUCGAUGCAUAACUUUCAUGAAAUUGGACUGUGUAGCCAUACUUCGUAUGUUCACAUAAGUCAAUCGGUGGACGUAGAUAAGUGGCCUAGGAUGUAUAACCCGAAAGCGAAGACCUAAGAACAAAGAACCCCUUUUGGCUGAGUACCUUUUCGUUUUGCUUCGUCUUCGUAUUUUUCGCAGAUGGAUGUAUUUAUCUAUUGGCCCGUUACGUUCAAAUUCUCUGAUCACAAAUCGUCACCGAAUCGAUUUAUUUUUAGAGCAGACACGUUAAAUUUCGACAUGGUCUGCGAAGAAAAAUACAAAUCGUCGAAUUCAUAAAAAAUACAGAUCUUCUAAUUCUUAAACCCUGCCCCUCCAAUUUGUUACUUUGUAUUGGUUUAUUCUUCAUUUCUUUUUUUUUAGAUAUGCAAGAGUAAGAGUGUUUUAGGGUCUUUGUUUUCAGGUCUUAGAGACUUAGGUCUGAGAACCGCAGGUUAGGGGUUACAUCAAAAAAAAAACCUGAAUGAUUAACGAACAGGGAAGCUUUGACUGUGCUCUGUCCUGUUGUUAAGCGGCUGAAGCACGAAAGAAGUGUGGGGAGAAACGUACCUAGACGGGUGUUUCUUCUUUCUUUCUUGUUAAGUGCUUUACAACAGAACAGAGCACAGUCAAGGCUUCUCUUAUAAUAAAGAAUCCGUUAAAUUCCCUACGCAUUACUUUCAAUUUUCAAAAUAAACUUUCUUUCCAAAGCGAGCAAUAGUGCCGUCAGCGUGCUCUAUACUCUCAUAAAGUACGCUACAAUAAGCCGAUCAGAAUCUCUGUUAGAAUGGUUCAAAUAAUCUGAUUUGCUAUACAAGACUAAAGCUGUCAAAAGUGUCAAACUACCAACGUUCAAAAACCAUCAAAGUUCACAUUCUGCGAUAGUUUACAAACUGAAAUAGUUGGGCUGGUCGAAUUUAACACUUUUGCCUGAAGUUUUUAAGUCUCUAAUACAGAAUCUUAAAGUGAAAUGUUCAGUGAAUUUCAGCCAAAUUAAGACUCAUAAAAACACGCGAGGUUUUUCACAUGACAAGGUAGAAAAUAAACUGUUCAAGGCGAGUGUUUUACGAAUGAACGACAGCCGAAUUCACCGGAACAUGAAGAUCGCUUGGGAUGACAGCGCCGCAAAACUCGGCCCAAUGACUGAUGUGACUUUCCACUCAACGCAUUUGAAAGGAUAUCAGAUCAAGCUCUUAUUUUUUUCUAUGCGGCCUAUGUAGUUUCUGAGGCUUGCUUCACUGCGAUGACCGGAGAUCACCAUGAUGAGCGAGCCGCGAUGGACCUCACCAUGAUCAUAUUCGCUCUGACACUGUCAUGAAUAGUAUGAAUUUUAACAGUUAUGCCAGUUUGGUUAUAUUUUUCAUUUCUGUUUUUUUCUGUUUUGUUUUUGAACACAAAACUUUAUAUACUACACGAGUGUUAGCUGUGUUUGAUAUUUAUUACCGUACGUAAGCUUGCAAUCUAACUGGGCGUGAAAAUCUUUAAAACUCGGACUGUCUAUUUUGUUUUUCCUUUGAAGGUUUUCGUCUCUGCCUACGUUUUAAUAACGUGAAUUACGGCACCUUGCAUGUUUUCAAAUCUUUGCUUGGUUCUUCUGUGGCUACAUGCCGGCUCGCUUGUUCAGAAAUUUCACUUUAGUCCACAAACCAUCGAAGUUCACAAUCUGCAAUAAUUUACAAUUGACAUAGUUCGGCAGGUCGAAUUGAACACGUUUGCCUAAAGUUUUCCUAGUCUCUAAUACAGAAUCUGGAAGUGAAAUGUUCACUGAAAUCCGGCCGGAUUGUGGCUGAUAAAAACAAGUGCAAGGCGUGUGUUUUAUGAAUGAAAAACAGCCGAACUCACAAGAACAUAGAGAUUUAUUGGGAUGACAGUACCGUAACACUUGCCUGCUGUGAGUGGUGAGGCCUUCCACUUAAACCAUCGGAAAGGAUAUCAGAGCAAGCUCUUAGUUGUUCACUCAAAGUGCGGCCGAGCUUGCAAUCUAACUGAGCGUGAAAACCUUAAAAACUCGGAUUGUCCAUAUUGUUUUCUCUUUGAGGAUUUUCGUCUCUGCUCACGUUAUCAUAAUGUAAAUUACGGCGCUCGGCAUGUUUUUAAUCUUUAUUUAGUUCUUCUGUUGUUAUUUGCCGGCUCGUUUGUUCCGAGAUUUCACUUUCAUUUAACGCAAAAAGCUCUCAGUCAGGAGUGCUGCUAGUUGUAACUGGCAUUUAGCAGUUACGGAGAAAAGUUUUGGUAUAGCCAUUUGCCUUUAGGACAUUAGAAACAUAUUUUCUCUCCUCAGCCUUCGAAACGAGUGGAGAUGGUAGACAGUGUGAACUGUGAACUGAGAGUCAUUAGGAGUGAAGACAAAAAGAGUUGUCUUGGUAACCAAGCCUCUGGCGAUCAAUAGUGCCUAGGUUAUCAUAUUGGCCGUGUUCAAUUUCGCGUUAUCGUGGACCGAGUUUUGACUCCCUUCAGCCGCGUUUUACGACUUCAUCGCCAACAUUGUCCAAGAAUAUCUGCUUCACGCACUUCCUUUUCUUGUGCUGAAGCAAAAAAAGCGGUUAAUCCUGAGCCCGUUCGGGUAGCUAAUGAGAAAACGGGAUUCGCUUUUUAUUGCCCACGGGCUCUGCCAGCGACAUAAUAACUGUUGUUAUGAUAAACUAACCUACAUGUAUCAUGCGUGUAAAUGCCAGAAAGAAAUUAACUAACCAAAAGACCUCUCUUGUCAGGAAAUUAUGUAAAAGCUUAUUGAAAACUGAAAUGGCAUGCUACUCUUGAUACCAAUUCCAACAUACUGAAACCAUAAUCACUUGAAACUUUUAAUGGAUAACCUGUUAGAUUUUCGAACCACUUCGUGAAAGCGGUCACCCCUUGGUCCCUGUUUACAUUUUAGAUAAUGGUAUUUGCUUAUAUGCUGGAAAGAAAUAUUGAUCAUGAUAUGCAAAGAAGUUAUCAAAAUAUCAACAAGUCUACGUUCAUUUGUCUAUCAUUGUAAUUGUAAUGUUUUUUACUUUACGUCCAGUCGUUCCAGUAAUUAACAUAACCAUGGUCUUUACCAAUGAAGGUUGUACUAAUGGAAAAUUCAACCAAUCCUCAUUAGUGACGAGGCUAAAAAAAGUGGUAACCAUUUUUUUGUUUUAUCUAGCUAUUCAUAUCUAAAUUACUAAUAUUUCUGCAGUUGCGGUAUAUUACAUGCAAAUCCAUGCAAUUGCAAUUAUAGCUUCGGUUGUUUUUCAAUUACAGUUAACCGCAAUUGAAAAAGAAACUUAUUUGAAUAAACUCAAACAUUCCGAGUGAGUCUGUGCGGUGCUUUCGGAUGCAUGCUCUGAUGUGGUGUUUGAAAGACGUUAUUAAUUACAAAUUGAAAAUAAACCAUCAUUUUUAUUCUGUAAACAUUGAUAUGUUUACCUGAUUGUGUGUGGUGAUCUUUAAAGGUGCUUUUCGAUUUCAUGUUCAGUUUGCUGUUGUUUCCAUUAACAGAUGGAAGAGGCUUUUCCUGGGAGAUUUACAGGUCUCAGAAGUGUGCAGUUGAAAAGUGGCAUUAGGUUUGUAAACUGCCUGGAUUAGCAAAUGAAUUAUAAUUUUCUGGAUUCUAAGGUGCUCUUCUUUAUUUUAACCCUCAUAUUUUCUCUUAAUUAAGGUGUGGAAGAACAACUGUUAACCUAGCACUUAAAUUUAAUUCCAAAACAAAAGAGCAAGAUGUUAUUGCAGUACUUCGUAAUGCUGCCAAAGAUGGAAAGCUUGGAGGCUUCAAUGUGAGUGCAACAAAAAGGACAAGAUCGCAAGCUGAUUUCGACACUGGAACUACAGAAGCAGGCACAGUAACGCUAACUGCUGACAGUAAGUUUUAAGUCUUUUGAUACAUACACUGUAGUUGACUAGUAGCAAGAUUUCACAGGAACGUUUAUCCCUCAUAUGUUCUUCAGUGAAGUGGUUAAUUGGAGUGGGAUUUAAUUACGAGUAUAUUCAGCAUUUGGAACAUUCUUCCUUUGUAAAUGGUAUCCACGUCAGCGUACUUUGUUGCAUUGAUUUGUUAAAACAUCAUACGUAUGUAGUCUAGUAUCUCAUUCUGCAUGACACCGCAAAAGAUAAGGGCUGUAGGGUGAUAGGAUAGGUGAAGUAUGAAAUAACAAACAAACAGAACAAUGGCGCAAACAAUAACUUGCAACGCCUUUCUUUCUUAACUCCACCAGCUAAUGAGCUAGGGUACUAGAUCUCAUCCAAUAAAAAAUCAACUCGUGUAUUUUUCGGUGGUACUUUUACAUAUCUAUGAUAUUUUUUUGAUACCGCAAGCAAAUGUCGCGAGAACGAUAAGCCUUCUGCCCGAUGUGGUUAGCAUUGAUUUCUGCUUGUCUUGGUUCUUUAUUCAGACCCUUACAUGAAUUUUGUAAAGUAAUGAAUCGUUGCUCUUAUUUUGGCAGAAUAAAAAAAAAACAUAUAUCACAAGAGCAACAAACUAGGAAAGAAAGUAAAGCAUUUGAAAUCAGGAUCCAACAUUCAUUUACUUUAUUUUUAGUUCUCACAAAAAAUUCGGCACUGAUAUGAUUGAGAAAUGAUUGAGAAGGUGCUCGUACGUACACGUAUGUACUGCAUACAGACUUCUUCAAUAAUUAUAAAGUAACCACGAAAAGUAAUGAAAAAUGCUCCCAUCGACUGUAGUUCAGUGUAAACCUAAGAAAUUUCAUUUUGCUGGCUCGUAAUUCUAAUUAUUUUUGAAACAUCAUAAAGAAUAAGUAAGGGAAGGGUACUGGUGGAAUAACUGUAAUCUAGUUCUCAUACUUAGUUGGACUUCUUCCUGUAGGUAUCAACAUUACAUUUUAUUAGGCUUUUAAGUAAUUUUACGCGAAUUAGAUAAAAAAUUGUAUGCGUAGAGAAAGGCAUCAAGACUAAACUUGCUAAGAGGAGAAUUGCAAACAUAUUGUUUGUGGAGGCAUAUAUUCAUAUCUUGUUUUUCUUCUGUUUUCAAGGUGCCCUGGGGAUUACUGUUGGUGUGGUGGUUGGAUCAAUUGCAGCACUGGCGGUUGCUUCAGGAAUAUUCGUCUUUUUCGUAAGGAAGUUAGGAAAGCGCAACAGCAAGAACUCAAAUGGUAAGAGUAGUAUUUUAAAAUGCCUGCUUUGGAACAUAAGAAAAAUUGCGUGGUAUCAGGCAACUAAGAAGUUUGUGUUGUUUGUAGCCUCAUUUAAAAACAAGGCAAGUUUGGAGAUUUCGAAACAGUUCUAACAAAUCCCUGUUUUUAAGAGGUAAAAAGAUGUGUUUGUCUAACUCCGAAAUAAAAGAUGUAACGAAAUUAUUAGAUCGAUUACAAACUUAUUAAAUUUAAAAAACCUGAAAUUCCUGAAAAAAAAAAACAACUCAAUACCACUGCGGAAAACACUGAAAACAAGAGUACGUAAUUUUUCAUUGUCAGGGUCUAAGUCUGUGGAAGCUGGAUUGGCUGAUACUGUGAAAUCACGCGGACCGAACGUGAAUACCAAAAGAUGUGAUUUGAGAUUCACAAACUGAAAAAAAAAAAUUCAACAACAGUAACGUGUUAGGCAAACCGGAGUCUUAAAGCCUCUGAGUGUUUGGGUGAGGUUAGGUGAACACGGUAAAUCUCCUGUAUGAUCUGUUGCGUUCAUGAAAUACAGACAUAUCCAAAUAUUCACGACCGUGAUUAUAUGCCCUCAUUUGAUCGAGUCUGUAUCAUUUUAAUAAUUCAAUUAUAGCCGUAGACUUAAUGAGCGCUUUCUGCUUAAAUUUUCCAUGUAUGAAAUGAGAUAAAUGUCAGAAGACAUCAUUCUGCAUUUCCUUUGUACUACUAUUACUUUCUCUUUACAUACUUUUCGAGCUGGUUUUUCAUUUUUUUAUACUUUCUUUCUGUUUUUUUUUCUGUUUUGGAAUCAGGAAAAAGAGAAAGGUGAGAUUUCUAGAACGAUGAAUUAUCGUCGAAUUUCAUGUUUUGUUGCAAACUGUGUACAACUGUGAACUUGCCUAAUGUUAGCAUGGAUUAUGAUAAUUAUGCUCAGAGCAAGAGUGUCAUCUAAAGUCAGUUUCACAAAGCAUCCUUAACGUGAUGACUUUAAAACUGCUUACGAGUGUGGGCUAUCCAGACAUAAUUAUCUUUUCUUAGAGUUUGUCCAUCAAAGGAAAGGCGCAGAUGCCUAGCUCCUAAUGUUUAUGAUACCUUUUUUGCGCCAAUACAGUAGCGCAAAAUGUCACAUGCUGUAACUAAUCAUUUCAUGACUAAUACUCAUGGAGUACCCAGAGGUGUGCUUUCCAGCCGAAAAAAAAUGUCAACGUGUUUCAUCCGAUAGAAUUUGGAUUAGAGAGAAAAUAUGAUAUUCUUCUUUAACUUUUAGGAAAAACAGAAAAACAACUGAAGAAAUAGGACAAGUCGUUGUAAGUUGCUUGAAUAUUUUAACUUUUAACCUUUUUCUGGUACAAUACAGUAUAUCGUUGUUUUUUCCAAGAGGGCACGGUAACGAAUCCUUCAAUCUGAUUGGUUCUUAGCGCAGUCCGGAUUUUCCUACCCCUGCCAAUGGGCACAGUAACCCUUUUAUGGAUCGCAGAGUACAUUCCUCGUUUUGUUGCAAAUUUUUUCGCAAAUAUACGUUGUAGCUCUAGUUAAUGAUUGCGUUUAUUUUUUCAAACUCAAAAGACUGGACUUGAAAUGGCGGAAGCUUCUCAAAGCCAGAAGUGCUUGGCAUUGGAUGUGCGGAAUCGGUCACCUUCCAUGACAGAUUCAGGGUUGGCGAACUGUUCACAACCAGGCCAGUCUGUCACUGAAAACACCUCUCUAUAUCCAUCACCACGUUUUUCGAAGAUUCCUUCAGAGCUCGUGACUAUAGAAAAAGUCGUUGGUCAAACUCAAAAGACUGGACUUGAAAUAGCGGAAGCUUCUCAAAGCCAGCAGUAUAUGGCAUUGGAUGAGCGGAAUCGGUCACCUUCCAUGACAGAUGCAGGGCAGGCGACCUGUCCACAACCGGGCCAGUUUGUCACUGAAUACGCCUCCCUAUAUUCAUCUCCACGCUGUUGGGAGAUUCCCGCAGAGCUUGUGACGAUAGAAAAGGUCGUUGGUCAAGGGGCUUUUAGUCAGGUUGCCAGGGCAACAGUCAUAGGCCUCCAGGGGAGACCAAAGAAGACGCUUGUGGUUGUUAAGACGUUGAAAGGUAUCAAGUACUUCGAAUAAUUAGAUGUGUUUCAGUGAAAUUUCGAAGUUAACACUCCCCUCGAAAGACGUAACCUCAAGCAGGUAGCAUCAAAAAAUUCCGCCUACUUCUCGAUCCUGACGGUAGCAAGGCAAGCCCAGUCUCUCUCCCUAAAUAUGGAGGGGAAGGUUCGUUUAGUAGUAUAUCUAUUCUUCAAUCAGUAUUCAACUAAACGUGACCUCAGUUAAUAGAUCAGGGUCGUGAGACAAUUUGAAACCAGGUAUUAACCAUGAAUGAGUUGAACAGUCCUGUGUACUCGAAACACGACAAGCGUCUCACGUGGCCUCAACAUGAAACUUGAACGUUCGUUGUCAGCUGGUUCAGCACCCUCUGAUAUCAGAAGUCGUAAAAUUUUCUUCCAAGUUAAUCAGAAGAACUACUUUUUUUCCGCAAGAACUUAUCGACACAAACGUUUUUAAGUAAAAAAGUAAAUUAUUGUCAACAAUCAACUCUCCUCCCUCCCUCUAUUCAAAGGUAGCAAAUCUCAAAAACUGCUUUUUCCGAAUUCAAAUUGACAUAAGGGUCGUCCCUUUCGACAUGAAACGUCAGUGGGAAAAGAAAAAUCCAUGUUUCUGCUGAGAGUAUGCCGCUCAGCAAUUGCUUUGCAGAAGUCUUAUUUUUAUUAAAUUAAGUAUCGUUAAAGCAUGGUCAUACUGGUACAGCAGUGGAAUGAAGGGUUUUGUCAUUGUAUAUGUCGACUGAGAACUGUGUUUAAAAUUAUAUUUACUUGUAGAGUGUAAACGAAGUGUUAUGGUCUCAAUUAGGUCGGUCUCAUUGAGCUUUACACGUGAGCCCCAAAGAUAAACUUGUUUAAGAUAUUUCAUAACAUUAUGACUAUUUCACGACCUUAUGAUUUUGAAUAAGAUGUUCAAUCACCAAGCAAAACAGAGCUCAGAGUCAGAAGGGAAAUUUGCAACUUAAUUCGAUUCAGCAAGAGAACGUCAACUGACAUCCUCUUGAGUUCAGCUACUGCUGUUGUUUGUAAAGGUAACAGCUGUUGGGUGAUCGUCUUGCAGAUGACGCUUCUGAGUCGGACAGGAAGGACUUGAUGUCCGAACUUCGAUUGAUGAAGGAACUCGAUGCUCAUCCUCAUGUCACUGAACUUCUGGGAUGUGUCACGAAAUCUGGUAAAUGUGGAAAAAUAUACUUUAAAAGCCCAAACAAUUAUUUUCAUCAUUUUCCAGCAGAUCUCUUGCACAGUAUAAACAUAUUUCAUGUUUCUCAUGCUCUACAGAGCCAUUGAUGGUGUUGAUUGAAUACAUUCCCCAUGGAGAUUUAUUGGGAUACCUCAGAAAGAGCCGUGGAUUGAAUGAUACUUACUUCGAAGACCCGGAUAUCAAACCACAAACAAAUCUGACGUCAGAGCAGCUUAUGAAGUUUGCGUGGCAAGUUGCCGAUGGAAUGUCGUAUUUGUCAUCGAUACCAGUAAGCAGGAACGUUAUCUACUUACUGAAAUGUUACUUUGACACAUGUUGCUGAAAUCGGACAUUGGUCCCGACUUUUUUCUUUUCAUUAAAUUCGUCUGGAUCCCCCUUAAUUCGUUUCAACAUUAAAGAUUUGAUUUUAUUUGUCGUAGAUUAUCCAUCGAGACCUUGCAGCUCGUAAUGUGUUCGUUGGAGCGGGGGAAACGUGUAAAGUGACAGACUUUGGUAUGGCCAGAGAUGUCCUAGAUGAUAACAUUUAUCAAAUUAGGUCAAAGGUACUUAACUAUUUUGAGCCAAAAGUUGGUGUCGAAAUUAGCUAGGGAGAGUGUUUGUCUGUAUUUUUAGAUUUUCAGUUAAUCACUGGCUCUGUUUGCUGUUCUCCAACAUAUCAUAUUACCGCUAGAAUUUGUCAACCAAGGUAGGGAUGUGUGAUCAGUCUACUACACGCAAAGUUAUGACUUUCAUUCUUGCUCUUUUCUGCACUUUUGUUAUGUUAUGACUUUCAUUCUUGCUCUUUUCUGCACUUUUGCCGAUCAAUUCAAUAUGCUUUUCAUCAAGGGACCUAUCCCUCUGAAGUGGACAGCUUUUGAGGCGCUGCUUUACGGGAAAUAUUCUACCAAAAGUGACGUGUGAGUACAAGGACCACAUUAACAUUAUUUUUUAAGUUUAAUGGGAAUAGCCUCUGGGAAAAAUUAAUGGCUCAUAUGAGUGCGCUUCCCACAACGGCUUACAGAAGGUGUUAAAAUUGUUUCCAAAGACAAGAACGAUUAUUUCUCUAAAUUUAUGCCGUUUGUUCUACAGGUGGAGCUACGGAGUUCUCCUCUAUGAGAUUUUCACGAUUGGUAAGUUAAAGAACUGAUGGACAGACCACUAAUUUUGGCCUUAAAACUCGUGUUGACCCGCCAAGAAGUCGGUAGGCUCAGCUGGGAAAAAGAUGAGCAAUGGUGCAGGAUGUUUAAUGUAAAGCUAUAUUUACAAAUGUUGGAACAUUUUUGUAAGGUGUAUUUUGAGUAGCUUCUCUAUUUCAGGUGGCUCGCCGUAUCCAAAGAUGGAUGGAGGACAAAUUUUAACAUCGCUAGAAGCGGGAUAUAGAAUGCCUAGACCACAACACGUGGAUAAUAAGUUGUAUGAAAAAAGUUUGUCCUUGUUGUUGCUUCUCUUACGACACCUUUUCUCUUAAAAUAGUUUUUUGAAAUUAGGGUCUUGAGAAUUUUUGGCUGUAGUCAAAAUUUAACUGGCUUUACUUGUUGAGCCAGUCUACCAACGGGAAAUGUUGGAAUAAUACGAGUUUGUAUCUUGUGAUUAGUAAUGGUAAAGGGACCGUGUGGAUUCGAAUCGGUCUGUAUUCUUGCGUGUGAUAGCGGGAGUCCAGUUCCUCUACUACGGAUAUGAUUACAGACCGAAUUAGACGACACGAAGUCUUAUUAUCAAUUGAUCAUAAAAAUUACAAUUUCUGAAUUAAAAAACUGACAAAGGAGGCGUGAAUUGUUUAAUGUCGCUCCGAAAUUGUCUACAAUUCAAACAUAAACAUUCGCCAUUUGGGAGAAAGCCCAAAUUUAGGAGUCUGUACAUUGUUUCUAUGGUGAUUGAAACCAAGUUUGUGAUUGGUUGAUUUUAAAAUACAACUUUGAAUGUCCGAUGAAUGUUUUAAGAUAACAUAAUUGCUGAUAACUACUUUGCAAAUGAAUAAAUGGAAAAUAGGAGUUUAUAAAACCAAUCACAAUAAAGGAAAUUGCAAUUUUUUGUGAUUAGUAAGAAAAGGACCAAAUGGUCCUACUAUACCUUUAUGGAAAAAUCACAACAUUUUAGGCCUAAUAACGCCCUUACUGAUGCCACCAAUAAGAUGCUGAGAUAUUCUUGACGUUAUUGUUAGGUAUGACUUAAUGACAAACUGUUGGAAACACAACCCUAACUUGAGACCAUCUUUUGAGGAUAUGAGGAACACACUGAAAGAAAUGGAAGACCACCAUAAGGUAGAGUUGUAGAUUUUUCAAAGGGAAUUUCUAAACUUUGAUCGUAGUUUGCUCUCGCACAUACAAGAUACACAUUAAGAGUAUCGUUAACCUCUAGUUGGCAAAUCUUGUGUAUUGCCACAGUUCUUUAGAAAAUUACAGGAGUUUGGAAGCUACUGUAACUAAAUUCUGAGGUAAAAAUGACAAAUCAGAAUUCCAUCGAUUGUUCUUACAUUAGUUCUAAAGUUGUUUUGAAGACACGGAAAUGGGAUUGAUUGUGUAUUUCAUGAAAUUCUUUGAGUCCAUCGGCGAAAACCUAACGUAAAUACGAAGUCGUAUUCAGGUAGUACAAGUGUGCUCCUUUGAACGUUCAGUUCACCUAUUUUUAAAUAUGAUUUCACCAUUAAUAUACUCUUUUGGGAGAAAAAAAGAAAAAGCUUUAUUGCAAGCUUAAGAGAGUAUGCAACACUCUAAACACUUGACUGUUUUUUUCUUUUUUUUUCAGGGCCUGAUAAAUUUAGAAAAUUACGAUGAUCGACUCUAUGUUAAUGUUGACGAUCUUGCCGAGUAA